AUGUCCGUAGGCGGGGAACGGCGCGUGAAAAAGGCCACGCAAGCGUUUUGCAAUUCACUGACGCGGUCGAACCUGACGUUCGGUUCGUCCAAAAGUGUUUCAUCUGCGCCGUUUCCGAUGUCGAGUAUUAGUUUUCUCACGAAAAUUAAAACAGCGUUUUUCUUCGCCUCUUUUUUCGACCAUCCUGUUCCAAACGCAAUACGGAACGAUCGUGAAAUAUCCGAAUUCUCCGGUGUCCGUUGAAUACUCUACUCUUUUCCUAUUGAAAAUGUCUACGAUUUCGUUCGGCGCACUCACCGGGUGUUUUUCGCUGUUCCGUAAUAACCGUUUCAGUGUUUCAGCGUCAUCCGGGCAGAGUAUCGCCUGUUCCAGAGACGCAUUAUUACUCUCGGGCCACGCUGUAAUAUUGCGAAACCAUAUUUACAGCAUUCAUCGUCGUGCCGUUUACAACGGCCAAAAUUAAUUAAAGACCGACCGAAACGUCUGCUUUACGAACGGCGGCCACGUAAAGACAACUGACUUAUUUUUUGUUCACGGCGCAAAAAAUAAGACGGCUGCAACGAUCGCUACACUACAGUCGUGAUGCGACGAUUUAAAAUAUCGUAUAGGAUAUCGAAUAACAAUUAUCAAUGUAUAGAAAUGUUGUCGUCAAAUCGCUACGGAAAUCGCGAUGUUAUCAGAUAAUAUUUGUUUAAGGUUGUACCGAUUUUCUCGGUUUUCCCACGGUUUUUCAUAUUUAAUCGGAAAACUCUUGGGAAAAUCGAAAAAUAACCUUCCCAGUUAGAUUUCCUUUCAGAAAACGUAAUACACUUAAAAAUCGGAGCAAGAUCUCUGGCAGAGUAGUCGUCCACAGGAAAAAUAAAAAUAAAAAAUAAACAUUUAUGUAAAACCAUAAGCUUCUUCGGUCCACGCAGAAUGUAAAAAUAUCAAAAACAAAAUAUAGAAAAAAAAAGUUUCAUAAUUGUUUUAUUUCGCUAUCCAAUGUAGACAUAUUCCGUUGACGGACAAGUGUCUGUUCUGCUAUUCGCUUUACACUCGUUUGUGUGUUGCAGGCUCAGUGACGGAUAUAAAUAAAAUGCUAGCGUGCAAACGGUCGAUCGCGAUUCCUACGUUUUUGCCAUUUUUUUACGGAAACCCCUGGGAAAAUCAAAAAACGACCUCUCUUAAGUACUACCCCGGACGAAUUUUUUUUUCAGAAAAGGCGCUACGCUUGAAAAUCGGUUGUUCACGAAGAAAAAAAAAAUAAACAUCACUGUAAAAUCAAUCCAUUCCUCGCUCCGCCCAGAAUCUAAAAUCAUAUUAUCAUAGCCAAUACACCCAUAUUUUCUUUCAGAAUAUCAAAAGGCGGACACCAAAAGACGACCGUUUCCGGAGAAACUCGUCUGAGGAUGUGGGACUCGUGAUUUGUGCGCCGUGUCAAUAACACGUUAUUGUAUGAUUGGCGUCGAGAUGAUAAAAUAUUUUUACGACUAUGCGUGUCCGCGUUAAAAAAUUCGUUUUUCAUUUCCACGGGUACGCUGCGGUUUUGCGGUACGUCGAUUUUUUGAUUUUUUUUUUUUUUUUCGGACGAAACGGAAAAAUAUGUGUUACACACGCAGCCCACUCGUGUAGAAAUUUGAUUUUCGCCGUCCUUGAAAACAACCCACACGUACGCAUUGAAAUUACGUGUACGCGUUUUGGGCCCGAGGUAACGAUAUAGUGUUAUUUUAACGUAUACAAGUAGUUUUUUUUUUUAUCGCGUUCUAGCAAAGGAUUUUCAGUACACUCGAUUACUUAUUCGUAUAUUAUGGACAAGACGCAUGCGGUUUCGCAACGAAAUAGCUCACUUCAUACCAACAUGUAUUACAUGAUCCAAUUAUUCCGUAUUAUAUAUCCUUGUUAAAUUUCGCUUUGCGUACUUUAGAAUAUUUUUAGGAUUUCGUACGUUUCUAAAAUAUUUUUAUCGUAUUUCUUUUUUUUUUUUCAAGCAUAUUAUGAUAUUUUUAUUUUUAGUAGGUAUUUAAUGGUUUUCAGGGCACAUAAAUAUAGAAUAUCUACCCUGGUUAUUAUGACGUGUUCGAUAUGAUUCGAUUUGUGUUUUUUUUUUUUUGUUCGCAAUUGUUAUAACAUAAACGCCUAACCUAUGACCCCUCUUAUUUCUAUAAUAUGUUCAAUUUUGUACCGACUAGGCACUCUUCAUAUUUAGCAUACGCUUCGGGUUUUCAAAUGGCCACUCCCUUCUCCCUCCUCUCCGUUUUCAAAACGCAGAUUCGAAUAGAAAAUAUUUUCCAUCGAUUUUUCACGCGCAUAACGGUAAUAUCGGAUUUAAAAUUUAGACCGGAGUAGUCGGGACGGGCUAUCGAUUUAACAUCUCCGAAAAAUGAAUACGCGUUUUAUGGCACUUUCACACUGCUCCGCUCUAAAUUUAAACUGUUAUUGUUAUAACUACCGUACAAGUUAAAUCCGAUAUUAAAGGAAUGUUAACCCUAUACUUUUAGAAAAAUAUUCUCAAUGCGAAUCUGUGUUCAAAACGGGAGUAGAUGUAGUAAAUAAUAAUCACGGUUCACGAUUAAAUCAUAGGAGCGUUUUUUGUGUGUAAUCAUAUCAAAUUUGAAAACAAAAAUUUAAAAGACGGAUUCAAAAAAGCCGAUUUUAGAUUCUGAGCGGAGCGAAAAACCAUAUGGUUUUAUAGAGAUGUUUAUUUAUUUUUUUUUUUUCCGGUGGACAAAUUUUUUACCAGAGGACUCGCUCCGAAUUUUGCGUGCAGCAUCUUUUCUGAAGAGAAAUUCGUGUGGGGAAGUACCUUAAAGAAGUCAUUCUUUAACUCAUUCAACUUUUCUACCGGCAAUUUUGCUCCAACAUUUAGCAAUAGGAAUUUUUCCGAAAGGAAAUUUCGCUGUGUAGAGAAGCCGUUUUACGGUUUCCUCCGGAGUUAGCUCAGCAAAUGUGAUAACUGGGAAAAAAAUAUGGGAAAACCAAGAAAAAUGCAGGAAACCCGGGGAAAUCGGUACAAAAAAUAUUAUUAAAGAAAAUUGUAUAGAGCCCGUUUAAUUAUUUUACCGUAAGACCCAUACAUAAUAUGUUGUUGACGAACCAUCACUAUCAACUGAACACCGUUCAGAAUGGUCUUUUCGUAAACAAUCGUUGUUUAACGUUGCUUACGGGCAUACACACAAUUAUCUGUAACUGCAGCGGCUGGGUGCCAUCCCCAUUAUCCCAGGACGUCUUUUUACUGAGUAAAUCCACGGUUUUCCUGGUUACUAAAAAAAUAUAAUUACUAAAAAUAACUGUGACUCGCAAAUAGUCGUUACAGUUUUAAGCGAACAGGGUGGUGGGGUAGAGGUGUAGCCCGUAACGCCCUCACCCUACCUGCCGAGCACGUCACUGUUUCUCGGCGUAAACGUCGAGAACAGAGAUUAACCGAUGGUCCGUAACAUACGGGUACGGUUAAAAACCAAAAACGAAUCGCACUUUUUUUGACACAAAUUGUCACCGGUUCGCGACGGCGACCGGAUCGCCCUGUGCAGUGUGCACCGGCAAUAAUGCACUCGUGAUUUAAUAGUGACGUUGUUUUCCUCGCCGUGUUGCGCCACUGUGCAGUGCGCGGACGUGGAACGACAAUUUAUGUUGCGUACGGUUCUAUUGCGCGCGCGUUUUUUUCACAUUUUCAUACAAAAGACAAAUAGUUCGACCGUUUACGGCCCGAUACAAUUACCGCCCCGACUUCCCGCCCGCAACGUCCGCGUCGCACGUCCGGCAUUUUUUUCGUUUACGCCGCGACCCGGUCGUGUCGGCUCGGCACGGCGAACAGUGUCGUCGGGUCGCGGGUUUUUUUUUUUCACGCGCGAAAUCGACGAUUAUUAUUUUUUUUUUCCCCCCGCACCGUGACUGUUCUCUCGCGCGGCCCUAUUGAAAUGCCGGCGCGCGGCGCGUACGCAUUGCACACGGUAUAAAACAAAUAACAAUUACGCGCGUAUAAAUAAUAUAUCGGCGGGUGUCGCGCGUCAACGGCUGGUUGUUUGUUCAGCGACUGCUAAAAAAACACCGGCAGCGUGCGCAGCGCUCCGCGGUGCCGCCGUAGCGCACGGCCGCGUCCGUCGGGCCGGGAAAAAUCCAUGACGACGACACACACAAAUGCCGGCGGUGUCCCGUCUCCAACACGCAGCCGUCGUCGCCGCCGUUAUUAUUUUUAAUUUUUUCGUUUGUUUUUUUUUUUUUUUUUUUCCUAAACUUUAGACGGCCCGACAGCGGUCCGUCACAAUUCCCCGUGUGAUUUUCGUGUGACUUUGCGCGCGCCGCCGCCGUCAAGGUAAGCGAUUCGUUUUUACCGUUGAGUUUUUUUUUUUAUUGUUUUUUUUUUUUUGUUUUUUUCCUAAACUUUAGACGGCCCGACAGCGGUCCGUCACAAUAUCGCCGUGUACGGCGUGCCGUCGUCGUUUUCGUACGCGAAUCGCACUCGACAGCGGUUCGUUCGGUGCCCAAUCGAACGUUGCCGACACGCGCGGGCGUUCGAACCGUUUAUUCCGGCCCGCGGAUGUCCGCCGGCGGGUCGCGCCGCGUGGCGGUUUUUCGAACGGCCGUCGCCGUCACCGAACGGCGGCACGACGCGCUACGAAAAAUAUCGCACUCGCCGUGAGCGGGGCCCGUCCGGUCGCGGUGCUUUGGCGAGCGAACACUGUGAUCGCGGGUUGACGCUCCGCGGCCAAAAGUUCGAUAUCGCCGCACUCGCGCGAACGUCGGUCUGUCCGGCUCCUGUGUCGAAAAACAUUUUUUUUUUUUUUUUUUUUAUAUAUUUUCAAGAUAUCAACACGUGAGUAUCUGGUUCAGGCCGGAAUCUCGGAAAAACGAUUCUGGUUUUUGAGCCGCGUCCGGCUUUGCUCUCGUGAAGUCCAGACUCGGGCUUGUAAGUAUACGCAAACAGACUAUUGGCGAAUCUGACGGAUAAAACAUAUUUUAUUACGUGUACGGCUCGUAGAUUUUGAUUUCAAAAAUUAUUAGUUUUGUGGAUUUGGGCGUAUUAACUGUGCAGUGGACAGGUGUACUUUCGGAUUUAUUAUGAGCAAAAAUAGGAAACAAAGGAGAAAUUUGUCAUAUUUUUUAUUCCAUGAAAAGCAUCGAUUUAUCGUAAAUAAUAAUACCAUAGAUAUUACGGCCUAAUAAUUAUAAUGACGAUAAAUCAAUGAUUUUUAACGAGAAAAAUUAAUUUUUUUCUUUCCGGAUACCUGCGAUCCUAUAAGAAAUAAGAACGCGCGGGUGCCACAUUUUGUUUAUCCGAUGUCUGGUUUUUCCGAUGGACCCCCCAGCGCUUUUCACACUUAGUACUAGUAGGUCUAUACACGAAUUAAGGUUUCGAUUUUGAAAUAUCGAUUUAUUUGAGAUUUUGGCCUAGUCUGUCAUAGUUUGCGAAUUAACUAAAUAUUUUUUAUAUAGUACAGAAUUUUUAAAAAAAAAAAAAAAAAAAUGUAAAACUGAGUCAUUAGAAUAUUGAUCGCAUCUAAUAAAAGUAAUUAAACGAUUUAUUGUCGUUACUUAUUUUUUUUUCUUAGACAAAAUGAACCGAGAAAAGAACAAAUCGUUCCAUUCCGACUUAAUCGGAACAAACAGAUCGCAUAAUUUCGUUGUGCUGAUCCCUGAGCGACUUUAUUUCGUUUCUUAUUCGACAGAUUGUUGUCCGCUGGACACUGGAAAAUAUCACUUUUUCCGGAACGACGAUUACGUCCGAGAUAAUGUGACUAGGAGGGGCCGCGGUGGCGACAAGAAAUACGUAUACGAACCUCUUAACUUAGGUUGCUUGGUUGACUUUAUCCGGGACGUCAACGACAAACUGAACAGCGUUCAGUACCAGAAUAAGGCCAUCGUGCAUUACGCGUGCACGUACGAUUUUCGGAAAUACGACGACGCAGCUUUGCUCAUCGGAACUUAUGCGGUAAAAAAAAUAAUAAUAAUAAUAAUAAAUUACAGUAUACAUUUUAUUAGUCCAGUGUCGCAUAAAGAUAAUUUUUAAAAUAUCUAUAUAAAGCUAGGGGAUAGUUGCUAGAAUUACCUAAUUGUCUAUACCAGGAAAGAAAGAUACGUACAAAUUUAACUAUCCCGAUAAAGAUUAACAAUCGUGAACAUUUAUCUAAAUAGAAACAAAGGUAAUUUUGUUCAGAAUACAAAAAAAACAUUGUAAAUGUUUACCAGAUCUGGUCAAUGAAACCUAAUGAUUAAUUGAUUUAACCAAAAUAAUAUUAAUGAAACAUUUUACUUAUUGUUUCUAACGUAAAAUAUAUGACGUGUAAAAUAAAUAUAUAAAUUACGAUUUAAAAAGAUUUAUCACAUUAAGAAUUGAUAACGAUUCAGUUAUUUAUCUUAGAUAUUUGCUCGGACAAUUUAUUUAUCUAUUUGUUAAUGAAAAGUACGUUUUAUCUUAAGAAAUCUGGAUCAUUCAUCGAGGUACAACACCGUUAAUCGCCUUCGAAUUGACGAAGAUCUUAUAUUAUAAUAAGUGUCCAUAAUUCUCGUACCCAGUCUGAAUCUUAAUAGUUCCACAUAUAUAUUUAUACCUAGGUAAUCAUUCGUUAUUAGAUAAUAUUUCUACUGUAAUAUGAAUGUCGGUUUGAUAUUGUUUUGUAUUUUAAAUGACAUUGUUUCGCUCGAGACUUGAAACACACCGAAACCAAUUGAUAUUUAAUGUUUAUUGAUUAGGUAUCUCGUAUACAUAAUAAAAUACUGUGUUUUGAAUUAUUCAGACAACCCGUCAUCGUCGUAAUAUUACGAUCAAUAAUCUUACGUGCAGAGGUAAAUUGUCCAUAGAGAUACUCGUGGUAUAAUAUUGCGAAUAAAGAAUAAAAAAUCAUUUUCACAUCCCAAUGUAUUAAUGUAGAGUUUAACGCACCGAAUUCGACUACAGAUAGUCAAUAUUGGGAAGUUUUAUAUUCGUCUGAAGUUUAACGGACUGCAUGUCCAGUAUGUGACCUAUCGUUCAUUAUAGCAUCUCCGAUCUGAGAGUAUUAAUAAUUGUACUUUAAACUAGACCGCAAACAAUGAUAACUCAUACCCAUCUCAAAGAUUAUGGAUCCGAACAUGAAACAAUAGUUGACCAUCGACAAUAUUUUAUCGUGCCAUCAACUCAAGCCUUCGCUCGGGAAAUCGAUAUUAAUCGUGGACAUCGACCGAGUCGCAUUGUAACAUUAUUAUAGUAAACGGACCAGUUUUAUACCGAAAAAUCGAAGAAGAACUUAAAGUGAAGAUAUUUAUCAUUAUUUCUUACACAUUUAUCGGUAGGUAUACGUAAAAUGUUUAGCGGUAUAGAUAAGCGGUAGGUAUACGCGUUUGCUGGUACUCCUGGCAGGGAAUACAGAGUUCUUCAAACAUUUCUUUUAGACAUUCGCUUCUCCUUCCUCCUUCACGCGCAAUUCUAUUUAGGUAAGUAAAUAAUUUAAAUCAGCAUAAUUUAACAAAUCACAUAUUUGACCCGUGCCAAACUGAAAACGUGCCCGUUAUUGUAAUAUAUCGAACGAAGUGUUUCAUUCCAUAUUUCAAUUGCACUUGAAAUAUUACGCGAGCUGGUAUAGAGACCGAGAAACCGCAGUUCCCUUUAACCUUAAUACACCAUUGCAGAUUUUAGUUUUACACCAAUUCGUUUUAAGUGUUUACGGUAGAUGUUAAUUUUUUUACUGUGUAUUAAGGUGGCCAUACUGAAUAUGUGUCCGAAGACCGUGUACGCGAAGCUCAAGAAUAAGAAUCAACGCGUCAACGAGAAUUCGGUUUAUGGUUACGGCAAAACCAGCAUCGACCUGUACGAUUGUUUGAGCGCUGUGGCAAUGGCUGUCAAGCACGGGUUCGUGAACUUUGACGAUUUCAGCUGCCGGAGGUACUAUUUGUCCAGCGAUUUCACCUGGAUAGUUCCCGACAAAUUCGUCGCAUUUCGCGGUCCGGUAGAAGGGUAUUGCGGUCGGCACAACAGCCUACAGUUCUACGUCGAAUACUUCAAACGAACCAACGUGAAAACAGUGGUCAGAUUGAACCGCGCCGAGUAUAACAGCUCCUGGUAUAAAUGUUUUACUAAUUUUAGAUUCUAGUAAAUGGUGGAGAUGAUUAGCUAUAAUUAUAUUUAUGUAUAAUGUGUAUACAUUUUUUAGUGCGUUUAUAUAGAGAUGCGAAUUUUCCACCCGGUUGUACUUUAGUCGAAACAUCCGUCGAAUUACCAUACGUUACAUUUCUUUAACCACCCUAUUAUAAUUUAUUUUUAUUCAAAUAUGUAUAACUGAGCUGCGUUCAGAAUAUUUUUUUUGAUUUUUCAUUUUAUUAGUAUAAUCGAUCUGUAGAGAUUUAUUAGGGGUGAGCACUGAGCAUCGGCAUGAGCCGAUAUUUGCUAGGGCUGACGGUAUUGAAAAUGAAUACCGAUAGUACGGUAUUGUGUCAAUACAGGUUUGAAUAGGUAUACCGAAAUACUGAUAUAAAACUUAUAAAAAGCCGGUAAGAUAAUGAUGACAGAGGUUCUGCCAAAAUUUCUUGUAAAAAAAUACCAUUAUCGAAUUUAAUUGUUUCUACCUUCAUGUCGGUAAAUGAACUUAGUUAAAUACCGUUUUUGGUGUUGGUGAUGUCAAUUAAUUGCAUAAACGUGUUAUGAGCUUAUCAUCAUCCUAUUUCAUUUUGCACCAGCAAAGUAUGGAAUACCACGUACGACGUUAAUAACGAAAAUUAGUGGCAAAUGCACAAGGUCUUAUGGUCCAGCAGAUUUGAGGAGAAAUCGAUUAAUUUAUCCAAAAUUAAAAUUGGAUAUUGAUCUCUGUUUAAAUUGUUCUCAAAUCUGUUAGAUUUCUUGAUAGUUUAGUUCGUAAGUCGAGUAACCAGUACGGUAUGAACUUCACUGUUUAAAACCAUAAAUGCGAUGCCAUGUAACAUCGGAUAUCGGAAAAAAGUCAUACCGGCUCACCACUAAGAUUUAUACAACAUUACUAAAUUUAACGGCAGGCAUGUAUUAAUUUAUAGGUUCACUGAUUCCGGCAUCGAACAGGUCGAGUUAUAUUUCAAAGACGUUACGGCCCCGUCGAAUGCGGUCUUGCAAGCGUUCCUUUACAUUGCUGAAAUAUCGCCCCACGCUAUAGGAGUGCACUGCAGAGUUCGUGUUUUUUUUUUUCUGUUAUUUCAAUCGUAAAGGAAAAAAUUAUUAUUAUUAUUAUUAUUAUUAUCAUUAUUAUCGUGCAAUAAAGAUGGGCCUUGGACGAACAGGAACGUUGAUCGCGGCCUACCUUAUGGAGCACUAUAAGGCUACUGCUCGUCAAGCAGUCGCUUGGUUGAGAAUUUGUCGUCCGGGGUCCGUUAUGGGACCGCAACAGCCGUUCCUGAUGGACAACCAGACUAUGUUGUGGAAAACAGGUGACAGACUUCGGUAAAUGCGACGAGGUUUUUAUUAUAAAACAAACCUACUUUUUUUUUAGAUUCGGAGCGUAACGAGUGCUCAAUGUAUUGGUUUAACAAUGAUGUUUAUUCAUUUUUUUUUCUGUGAACAACUUUUUACCAAAAAAUUUUGCUCCGAUGAAACAAGCGUAGCAUAUUUUCUGAAUGGAAAUUUAAUCUGGUCGUUACAUUAAAGAGAAUAUUGUUUUGAUUUUUCCACCGGUUCCAACCGGAAAAAAAAUAGGAAAAACGGGAAAAUGUACGUUCAUAUAUAAAAGAAACUUCGCUCCGAAUCGUUUUUCGUUGGCAAUAGUUUAUCAUUGCGUACAGAUAUACAUUGAAUUAUUCUGUUUAUCCUUCUCAACUUCUCACCUGCAACAGUGGCCUAUCGAUCGUGCGAAGUAUUUCCGUAUUUUUAGUUAUUAGUCCUCAGAUCAGUUUUUUUUUUUUUGUAGUUUAAUUCGUUUAGGUCCUUGUAUUUUCCUUUUGUUCAUAUCCGAUUUAGGUAUAUAUUUUGCCUUUGGUCUUCCUCUUCUAACGUAUCCUUUAACAUCUCCUUCAAUUACUGUUUCUGAAUAAAGCGUUCUUGGCUAAUAUAAGCCCUAUAAUCUUAUUUCUUCUGGUUUGAAUACAUUUCUAUAACUGUCGUUUCCCUUUAUACAAUUUAAUAACUCUCCGUCUGUAAUCCUCCCUCUCAGUCCAGAGGAUCUUAAGACGACGUUAUACCCGCAUCUACUGUAUCAGCCCAACUACCGGGUAACAUACAAAAAUAGUACUUACGCAGAAUAAGAACCGGCUUAAUUUUGAUUUUAGAGUAAAAGUACCUAUUAUGAAAUGUAUAGAGAAUAAUAUUUUGGAGGGAAUGUCAUUGGUGUUUUUUGAAUUAUGAGCUAUUCAAAUAGUCACAGUUGUUUAAAAAAGCAAUUAUCGAGCUGUAUAUUUUGAAUAAUACAAAAACCUUACAGUGUUCCUUCCAAAAUAUUGUUCUUUAUAAAUUCCAUAACAUGUACUUUUACUCUAAAAUCAAAAUUAAGCUAGUUUUACUUAUUCGACGUAAGCAUUGUUUAUGUAUGUUACCCGGUGGUUGGACUGAGACAGUAGACGCGGGUAUAACGUUCUCUUAAGCAUUUUCCCAACAUACCGCGCGUCUUGAAUAAAUGUUGUACAUAACUUGCACUAAUAUCAUCAGCACGUUUUGGGUUGUUUCAGAAAGGAAAUAUACGGCUCGAAAUACGCCCAAGCUUCAGUUUGCAUACACGGCAUGUACCGGAAAACUGUUAUCGAUUCGAAAAAUCUGCCGAGUAACCGUUACGUGCAGCAAAUGAAGAGGUCCGGAAGCCGGUACACCAACAAUACAUCGUUCGAUAGACAAACGAAAUAUGCCGUGAAAAAAUGUUCCGACGAAUAUCAUUAG